AUGACACUGAAGGAAUUAUUGACCGAGGAACAAUGGCGCAGUGUGAUUCACACGACAGCGGGCAUAGGAGCUGGUGCUGUCUCUACAGUGAUGUUAUACCCGCUGGACCUCGUGAAGGUGCGCUAUCAGGUGCAUGAGAAGUCUGCCCACGCCUACCGCUCACUGGGCCACGCCUUCCGCUCUAUUAUGGCAGCAGAGGGCGUGCACGCACUAUUCCGUGGGAUGAGUCCGGCGCUCUAUGGUGCGACGAUCUCGUGGGGCAUCUACAUGCUCGUUUAUCAGAAUGCAAAGCUGCGUUACGCUCGAAUGGCAGAUGAAGGAUGGAUCCAGGGAUCGUGGCAGCACUUUUUCUCGGGUAUUGAAGCUGGAAUGAUCUGUGUACCUUUGACAAACCCAAUUUGGCUCAUUAAGAUUCGCAUGCAAGUUCAAAGUAAUAAACGAAUGCAAGCUAAUGCAAUUGGGAAAGACACAGCAAAGAAGUUGGUGGAGAAUACACCUUAUAGAAGUGUAUCAGAUGCAUUUCGACGAAUCGUAGCUGCAGAAGGUGUUUCAGCACUAUACAAGGGCAUGAUUCCUGCGCUGUUUCUUACGACAAAUGGUGCGAUUAAAUUUGUUGCGUACGAACGACUCAAGGGGCUGUAUUUGGCGCAUUGGAGCUCUGAGAUGGACGUGAUUCCAACACUGAUAAUGGGGGCGGUGGCGCAGUCCAUUGCAUCAACUGCUACGUACCCGUACCAAGUGAUCAAAGCUCGUUUACAGCAGGGAGGGCUUUUUGCGGACAAGUACACAGGCACAUGGGACUGCACAACGAAGAUUAUCCGACACGAAGGUUACCGUGGUUUAUAUAAAGGCUUGUCUGCUAAUAUUCUCAAGGUCAUGCCUACUGGUGCUAUCAUAUUUGCCGCCUAUGAGCAGAUUCAUCGUGCCAUGAAGACCAUGCUGCUGGAUAAUUAA